GAUGAUUUUACUGCUUUACAUUCUGUCUCUUCUUAAUCAUCUGCAGGUCCCAUUUCUUAUGUACCUGAUCCAUCAUAACUUUCUCAUUUAUCCAAUUAGACACAAUUAUUACCAGAAAUAUAUGAGCAUUUAAAUUUUUCAUCUGUCAUUGUUGCCCAAAUAGAUGCUUAAUUAUCUGUAACACUAUAAAGAUGACACUCACUUAGUUCAGCAAAUUUUGUUCCUGAUACUUAAACACAUAAACUAUCAGCACUGACUUAAAUACAAUAAACCUUUUCAUUUCCACUUAAAGCAGAGAUAUCAGUACAAACUGAAGUUCUAUUAUAGCAUGUUCCUAAGAGAUAAACACAACUCAUUUAAGAGGUUGUAUUUUGUAUAUCUUAGCAAUCAAAAUCUCUACAUGUAGUAUCAAUAGAUGUGAAUGCACAUUUGACACCAACAUCACUAAUUUUACUUAAAAAAUAAUUAGAAUUUUCAGUUUCAUUAGUGUUUGGCAAAUUUUCAUAGGAAUCACAAAUACCACUAUCAACAAAUUGAGUUGGAAGAGUUGAAUUAUAUUAAUCAAAUGUACAAUUUUUAGUUUUAUCAGAUGCAUUUCCAUCACUAACAGAUUAAUAGGCUAUAGCUUAGCAAUUUGUUGUUGUAUAUUUUACAAAAUGUUUUAGCACAUUUUAUUUCUGGAUUAUCAAAAAGUUCACAAAAGGGUUUGAAUGAACUUGAUUGGAUCAACUGUUGUCUUUUUCUAAAAUUUUGAUGCUGUUUUUCCAAAUGCAGCCAUCCAUUCACAGGCUACUGAUACAGUAAUCUCUUAUUCACAAUCAUUAUAUGUAUUUGAAUGUUAAACUAGCUAUGUUAAGG